AUGGCCGAACCCGAUCGCCCUCCCAUCAGUGAACCACGCUCUCGACAGAACGCUGCCGUCGCUCGGUCGGCGCAGCGCAAGCAAGCCAGGCCCGCCGGGCCGCCGCAAGACCGCCGCUCCGUCGGCGACGUCACGACCGCAGGCCGGCCGCCGAAGGCGAGCGCGGCGCAGAGCGGCGCGAAGCAGCUGCCUCCGAGCCGCCUCUCCGUCGGCGAUGUGACCAAGAAGCCGCCGCCGCUGUCUCGCUCGCGCACCGAGGCUCUCGCAGAAGAGCAGCGCCGCCACGGCCGGUUCGCCACUGGGCAGAUCAUUCGCCACAGCCAGGCGACCGACGCCGAAGUUGGCGUAUCCCGGCUCUCAGUCGGAGACGUCGUGCCGCGCGCUGCGGCGCGGGCCUCUCGCGGCCGGCGCUGGUCCCGCCGCUUCCUCAUCGCU